CCCCUCCCGAGCCGCCGCCAUGGAAGACAAGCAAAUCUAGGGUUUUGAAGAAGAUUUAUUUUAUUUGUCUCGUUUGUUUUUCCACUAAUUUUUAUGCCCGUUUUGUUAUUUGCUUUUUCUUUAUUGUUCCUGUUUGUAAGACGUUGAUUUGGAUAUGGGGAUUGAGAGGAAUAGGGUGACCAUUUUUGGCUGUUUGUUUCCCAAUUAUGGACCAACGAAUUUUAUUGUUGCGGCGAUUAAUUCCGAGUCUGGUUCGAAGGAUAACGGUUGUCAGAUUUCUUUCUGUCUUUUGACCCAUACUCUGAAAAUUAUUGGUUAUUAAUAAAAGCCGAAUUUAAUGAAAAGAUUUUAAUAAUAAUAAAAGUAAGAUUUUAAUGAAAAGAACUUUAUUGGGUGAACUCGUAUAAACAAGUGAAAAAUUUGAUUGGACCACAUCACUUUAUCAUUUUUAAUUUACAUUUAAAUAAUUUAACUGCUACAUUCUCAUUGGUCCAUUUGGACAAAGAUAUGGUACCUUAUGGGUACCAUAGAAUCUACCCUACGGUUAACCAUAGAUUGGCAAUCUUAACUUCUUAAGUGAUCCAAUAAUAAGAAGUCCUAAAAGGGAAGGGGAGGUUGCCUAAAGAAUUUAAGCCCUAAGCCCCUAACGAAUGUAAUUGGGCAAAUUAGUCCAAACAAAGUUAUUAUACGGCAAUAAGUACGGAGUAACACGGCGCGCAAACUGCAGAGGCGGCUUUUGUUUUACGAUGUUGUAAUAAUAUCCCAAAAAUUUAGGUUGCCAAGGCUGUCUUCGGAUGUUUUUCCCCAAAUCUGGAUUUGCGAUUUUUCUUAAUCGUAGAAUUUAAGAUUCUUCUUAGUCGUAGGUAAGUAUUAAUACGGUUACAGACCUUAUGAGAUGAAAUAAGAUCGUAUAUGAAGUUGAGAGACGAAAAACAGAGAUGGAAGGAAAAGUAUUAUGCAAGGAGCAAGCUCAACUUGAUGAGUAUCGAUUACAAAAUAUCUGGCUAAGCAUCACUUUACAAUUUGCUCUAUUUAUAGUUCUUGUAAGGAACAAAAUGAAUUAACAGAAAACUAUUUUUAUUAACUACUUCUUAACAAACUUCUCCAGCUAACUAACUGUAUCAAUACUUCCCCCUCUAAAAAGACUUGUCCUCAAGUCUUAAACUUGAAACUCAGGGUAUUUCUGCAUAAACUCUUCAGCCACUUCCCAACUUGCUUCUGCAUCUGAAUAUCCUUGCCAUUGAACUAGAAAUUGAGUUUGAGCUCCAUUCUGAUACUUCACCAUACGUCUUUUAAGAAUAGCUUUAGGCUGAGGAGUAAAAUCAUCAUUCUGUCCUUGAAACCAAACAGGAAUUUGGGCUGCAACAGGAAUGGUACCAUGAAACGGUUUUAAAAGAGAAACAUGAAAUAUAUCAUGUAUCUGUGCAGAAUCUGGUAAUCUCAGUUUGUAUGCUACUGCACCAAUCUUAGCAGCCACUUGAAAUGGUCCAUAGUAUUUGUAAGCUAAUUUCUGAUUAGUUCGUUGUUGAACCGAAAUCUGUCUGUAAGGUUGUAGCUUUAACCAAACCCAAUCACCUGUAGAAAAUAUUCUAUCAGAUCUGUGUUUAUCAGCCUGAUGCUUCAUUCUCUGUUGAGCCCUAAUUAGAUGAUGCUUUAGCAACUUCAACAUUUCUUCUCUCCUCCGUAAAGAUCUAUCCACACUAUCCACCUUAGAUUCACCUGGUAAGUAGGGUAAAUGCAAAGGAGGAGGUUGGUUAUAAACUAUCUCAUAAGGAGUCAUUUUAGCAGCAGAUUGAAAAUGAGUAUUAUAACUCCAUUCUGCAAUGGGUAACCAUUUAGCCCAAUCAGAAGGCUCAUCUCCACAGAAACAUCUCAGAUAUGUCUCAAUACCUCUAUUAACCACCUCAGUAUUGCCAUCAGUUUGAGGAUGGUAUGCAGAUGACAACAAAAAUUCAGUUCCCUGUAUGGUGAAUAAAGACUGCCAAAAUUGACUAAGGAAAAUGGCAUCUCUGUCACUGACUAUACUCCUUGGCCAACCAUGUAACUUGAAUAUGUUAUCCAAGUAAGCCUGAGCAACUUCUAUUGCUGAAAAAGGAUGAGACAGAGCUAUAAAGUGUGCAUAUUUGCUUAGCCUGUCUACAACCACAAAGAUAACCUCUUUACCCAUUGAUUUAGGUAAACCAGAUAUAAAAUCCAUCGAUAUAUCUACCCACACUUCUUCUGGAAUUGGUAAGGGCUGAAUGAAACCCGGGUAGGCAGAAUUAUCAUACUUGGCAGCUUGGCAGAUUUGGCAUUGUCUGAUAAAACUACUAACAUCCUUAUUUAGACCUUUCCAUGUAAACAACUUCUUGAUCCUUGCAAGUGUAGCAUCCCUACCUGUAUGACCACUUUCUGGAGCUGAGUGAUGCCAAGUUAUAAUUUUCAGCCUUAAAUUCUCAUCAGGGCCUACCAGAAUUUUCCCUUCUUUCCUAAUCAAACCAUCUUUCAAUUGGUACUUUGGCAUUGAUAGAUGUUGAUUCAAUUUGUUCAAAAGCUCCAAAGUGUUGUCAUCUAAUGCAUAACUUCUGUAAAUCAAUUGUUGUAGGUCAGAUGAUACCACAGAUAAAGCCAUGUUUAAUAUUUCAUUCCCUUGAACUCUAGAGAGUGCAUCAGCAGCCAUAUUCUCUUUCCCAGGUCUGUAUACAAUUUCAUAAUCAAAACCCAUAAGCUUGGAUAGCCAAAAUUGCUGGAAUGGUGUAUUGAUUUUUUGUUGCAGAAGCCAUCUUAGACUCUUCUGAUCAGUCUGAAUAAUGAAGUGUUGCCCUGACAAAUACUGUUCCCAUUUCUGAACUGCAAACACUAUAGCUAGCAAUUCUUUCUCAUAAACUGAUAAUUUCUGCCACUUAUGACCCAAAGCUUUGCUGAUGUAUGCGAUAGGGUGUUGUUUUUGCAUGAGAACUGCUCCAAUUCCAAAGCUAGAUGCAUCAGUUUCAACCACAAAAGUUUCUGAAAAAUCUGGAAUUGCUAGUAUAGGAGCAGAAACCAGAGCUGUUUUCAAUCUUUCAAAUGCAACCUGAGCUUCAUCUGACCAAAUAAAAGCCCCCUUUUUAAGAAGGUUUGUAAGAGGUUUGCUGAUGGAAGCAUAAUUUCUUACAAACUUUCUAUAAUAACCUGAUAAACCAAGAAAACUCCUCAACUCUUUCACAUUUUGUGGUAUGGGCCAACUAGCAACUGCACUAAUUUUCCUAGAAUCAGUCUCAACCCCAGUUCCUGAAAUGAAAUGCCCAAGAUACUCAAUUCGGUUGAUGGCAAAUUCACAUUUGCUUGCUUUCGCAUACAUCAAAUUCUUCUUCAUUAAUUCAAACACUUCUGCAAGAUGAUUCCAAUGAUCAGUUUCAGUCUUACUAUAGACCAAAAUAUCAUCAAAAAAUACUAGCACUGAUUUCCUUAGUAGAGGUUUAAACACAUGAUUCAUCCAAUUUUGGAAAGAUGCCGGAGCAUUGGUCAAUCCAAAAGGCAUUACCAAAAAUUCAAAGUGCCCUGAAUGUGUUUUAAAAGCAGUUUUGUGCACAUAAGUAGGAUCCAUUCUCAAUUGAUGAUAGCCAGACCUUAAGUCUAGCUUUGAGAAUAUAAUAGCACCAGACAAUUCAUCAAUGAGUUCAUCUAUUACUGGAAUAGGAAACCUAUCUUUAAUGGUUUUCCUAUUCAAUUCUCUGUAAUCAAUACACAAUCUCCAACUUCCAUCUUUCUUUCCUACUAACACAAUUGGAGAUGCAAUGGGACUAGAGCUAUCCUGGAUAAUUCCUCUUUGUAACAUAUCUUGAACCAAGUCUUCAAUGAUAUCCUUCUGUUUGAGUGAAUACCUGUAAGGUCGAAUAUUGAUAGGUAAAGUUCCCUGUUCCAAAGGUAUUCUAUGAUCAAAAGCUCCCCUCAGAGGAGGCAAAACUGUAGGUUCUUCAAAAACACAGCUAUAUUUUUGCAACAAUUGCUGCAAAUCAGGUUUUUGAGGCGAAAUUUCUGUAACUGAAGUAGAUCUACAUUCAGGCAACAUUUCUGACUCUCCCAUUUCAGAUAAUUCAGAGGGUAACAACCUAAGUAAGAACAAUUGAUUGGCCCUCUGAACAGAUUUCUUUAUAGCAUAAUCUCCUUCCAUUAAUUCUACAUUCUGAGAUGGAAUGCCUCUGAAAUUAUAUGAAUUGCCAUCCAAAAAGAAUUCCAUAGAAAGAUCCUUGAAAUUCCACUUGACAGUGCCCAAGUUAUAUAGCCAUUGGAUUCCAAGUACCAUAUCACAUCCCCCUAUAGGCAUUACCAACACAUCAUCUAUGAAGGUAACCUUUUGCAUACUCCAUUCAAACCUUCUGCAAAUAAAUUCACACGUAACAUGAUUACCAUCAGCUACAGCUACUGUCUGAGAAGGAAUUCUCUCCAAUUUACAACCCAGUCUUCUUGCUAGCUGUAAGUCAAUGAAAUUAUGAGUGCUACCCGAGUCUAUGAGAAUUUGAAUAGCUUUAUUUGCACUGAAUCCAACCAUUCUCAUGGUGGUGAAUUUCUUCUUGGGUUGCUGAAACAGAUUGCAUUCAUCACCACAAAGUGCAUUCAUUGAGAUCACAGGAUCAGAAAUUUGAGGAUUCAAUAAUUCCUCCUCUAUAGAACACUCACCUUCCAAUUCUCCAUCAAUCUCUACCAUAAACACUCCUUUUGUUGCACAUUUGUGCCCUCUCUCAAAUUUUUCAUCACAGAAAAAACACAAGCCUUUAGCUUGUCUAUCUGCUCUUUCAGCAGCUGAGAUGUACUUACCAAAUUUCUGAGUGUUUUUGGUAUUUUCUGGAGCAAAUUUCAUAGGGUUGUAAGAGGGUUUAAAGGUGUUAUUGGUAUGUGUGGUAGUUUUGGGAUUUGUAAUGUUAGGAGAGUAAGAAGAGAAUGUUGUAUUAGGUAUAUUUGGUGCAGUAGCAGAUGGAUCAACUUUCUGAUUUGUCAGUGCAUUGGAGUAUGUGAAUUUAGGGCUCUUUAAGGCUGCUAUGUUCUCUUCUUGUAGUCUAGCAAGUUCAGUAGCGUUAGCAAUUGAAUCUGGUUUAAACGCUCUCACAAAUGGUUUUAAGGAAGGCUUCAAUCCACCUAUAAAACUCUCCAGAAAGUAAUCAUCAGGGAGGUUCUUAUUUCUAAGCAACAUUAAUGACCUCAGAUUUUCAAAUUCAUCAAUAUAAUCUUCUAGAGAACCAAUCUGGCACAACUUAUUGAAUUGUUCCACCACCUUACCAUUAGCAUCAUCCUUAAAUCUGGCCGUCAAAUCAGAUACAAAUUCAUCCCAAUCAAUUCCACUCCUACCAGACAAAUAACUACUCACCCAAGAUUCUGCACGACCAUGCAUAUACAUAGAUGCAAAAUCUACUUUCUGAUUAUCAGGGAUUUUACACAACUCAAAGUACUUUUCACAUUUCCUUAUCCAUACUCUAACAUUCAGUCCAUCAAAAGAAGGGAAUUCCAGUUUUGGAGCAUACCAGAGAGGUUUAGGGUUAGGAUUUGUAUGAUUGUCACUUUUCUUGCAGAAAUUAGUAGAAUGCGGUGAGUGAUUAUCGUUAGGAUCUUCUUGAUCCAAGAACUUCUUACUCAGCAAAUCCAAUGUUUUAGCGAUCGCUGAAAUUUCUCUUUCCACAUUCUUGAAUCGAUUGUCUACUCUCUGUUCCAGAUUCCCCAGUUGUUCAUCCAUUGCUGAUAGUUGGGAAGACGGAAUUUGAGUCUUGUUCUUGCUUCUUGUACGAGCCAGAAUUUUUCUCCAGGAAUUUUCCGGUGAAAUUUCCUAUCUCCGUCACCAGAAGGCUGGCUCUGAUACCAAUAAUACGGUUACAGACCUUAUGAGAUGAAAUAAGAUCGUAUAUGAAGUUGAGAGACGAAAAACAGAGAUGGAAGGAAAAGUAUUAUGCAAGGAGCAAGCUCAACUUGAUGAGUAUCGAUUACAAAAUAUCUGGCUAAGCAUCACUUUACAAUUUGCUCUAUUUAUAGUUCUUGUAAGGAACAAAAUGAAUUAACAGAAAACUAUUUUUAUUAACUACUUCUUAACAAACUUCUCCAGCUAACUAACUGUAUCAAGUAUUUUUUUGUCUUCUGAUAUGUAUACUUCUUUUAUACGGAGUAGUUUUCUCAGGCUGGCCUACUAUUUUAUUUUAUUCUACAGUGUAUGGUAUUUUCUGGAUUACCGUUCUAAAACCUUGGUUUAUGCAGGUGCCGCAUACUCUAAUCUUUGGACCCAGAGUCUUCUGAAUAACACUGCUCUAGUUGUCUUUCCAAUGGCAGUCCAUAUGAACAUGGAGUAUGAGGAUGAUGAUGAUUAUGUUGAGUAUGUUCCUGUGGCAAAACGAAGGGCGCUUGAGGCACAGAAGAUCCUGCAGCGAACGGGGGAAUCUACACAGUCAAAAAAGGAAGCUGAAGAGACAAAACAAGUUGAGGAAAAAACAAGUUUGCUUAUGAAGGCUACUCAGUUGAAGAAGGAGAUGCCAGAUGUGAGUGUUGCUGAGCAAAUCUUUCAGCAAGAGAGAGAAAUUAUUGAGCAUCUCUCUGACAGAAAGGCUCUGAUGUCAGUGCGUGAACUUGCAAAGGGGAUUAAUUACACGGAUCCUAUGUUCACCGGUUGGAAGCCUCCAUUAGGCAUCAGAAGGAUGCGAAAGAGGUCUCGUGACUCCAUUCUUAAACAGUGGCACAUUCUUGUGGAUGGAGAUGAUACCCCUCCGCCCAUUAAAAACUUUAAGGAUAUGAGGUUUCCCAAACCAAUACUGGACAAGCUUAAAUCUAAGGGAAUUGUUCAACCGACUCCUAUCCAAGUACAAGGAUUGCCUGUUGUCCUGUCCGGAAGAGAUAUGAUUGGAAUAGCAUUUACAGGGUCUGGGAAGACGCUGGUUUUCGUUCUGCCACUUAUCAUGGUGGCCUUACAGGAGGAGAUAAUGAUGCCGAUUGCGCGUGGUGAAGGGCCAUUUGGAUUAAUCAUUUGCCCUUCUAGAGAGCUAGCACGACAGACAUAUGAAGUUAUAGAAGAGUUUCUAGAGCCUCUAAAGGAGGCUGGGUACCCUGAGAUAAGAUCUCUAUUAUGCAUUGGAGGAACUGACAUGAAGUCCCAGCUUGAUGUGGUCAAGAAAGGAGUUCACAUUGUGGUUGCCACACCUGGAAGACUAAAAGAUAUGCUUGCUAAAAAGAAAAUGAGCCUUGACAAUUGCAGAUAUUUAACACUAGAUGAAGCAGACAGACUAGUAGAUCUCGGGUUUGAAGAUGACAUCAGGGAAGUUUUCGAUCGUUUUAAAUCCCAAAGACAAACUCUACUUUUUUCUGCCACAAUGCCCGCAAAGAUCCAAAGCUUUGCACAAAGUGCUUUGGUCAAACCCAUAACUGUGAAUGUGGGAAGAGCUGGAUCGGCUAACUUAGAUGUUAUCCAAGAAGUUGAGUAUGUGAAGCAGGAAGCUAAGCUGCUUUACCUUUGUCCCUGUGUGAAGAAAACGCCCCCACCAGUUUUAAUAUUUUGUGAGAACAAAUCUGACGUGGAUAAGAUACACGAGUACCUGCUGUUGAAAGGAGUGGAAGCUGUUUCUAUUCACGGAGGGAAGGACCAAGAAGAGAGGGAGUAUGCUAUUUCAUCAUUCAAAGCAGGGAAGAAGGACGUGUUGGUGGCUACUGAUAUUGCCUCCAAAGGAUUGGAUUUUCCUGAUAUUCAGCACGUGAUAAACUAUGAUAUGCCUGCUGAAAUCGAGAACUACAUCCAUAGGAUCGGGCGUACAGGUAGGUGUGGCAAAACGGGAAUUGCCACAACUUUCAUAAAUAAAACUCAGAGCCCGACAACGCUUCUUGAUCUCAAACGCCUCUUGCAAGAAGCUAACCAAAGGAUUCCUCCAGUUCUUGCUGAACUUGAAACUCCUGGGGAAGAUGCUGAUGCCAUCAUCACCAUUGCAAGUGGGGUCAAAGGCUGUGCCUAUUGCGGUGGUCUUGGUCAUCGUAUUCUCGAUUGCCCCAAGCUCGAGCAUCACAAGACCCAGCAAAUAGCCAAUCAAAGGAGGGAUUACUUUGGGUCUGGCGGAUAUCGGGGAGAAAUUUGAUUUAUUCAUGUGAAUACAGCCAUUCUCUGCCUUUAUUGCAUGUGCUACAUUUAAGAAUAUGCUACUCUAUUCUUUAUGUUGUAUAGACGAGAAAUAUAUGUGUACUUCAAUGAUUAUGUAUGACUGAGAUAUGUUUAACCAAGCGAAGUUUCCUGCCAGCUUAAUAUAUAGUUAUGUUGUUUAGUGCAAUGCAGUGUGGUUACUCCUCUAUGGAUUUCUUUAUGUGGAUAUACUCUGUUAUAAAAUGUCUUUCCUU